UUUUAACUGCACUAUAAAAUCAUUGGUUGUCACGGAGGCCGUGAAAAGAAACCCUAGCCCGAGCAGAUCUAUUACUCAGAGAUGGCCAAGUCGAAGAAUCACACGGCGCAUAACCAGUCGGCUAAGGCCCACAAGAACGGGAUCAAGAAGCCAAGGAGGCACCGUCACACUCCCACCAGAGGGAUGGAUCCUAAGUUCUUGAGGAACCAGAGGUACGCAAGGAAGCACAACGUCAAGAGCGGCGAGAAUGCCACCACUGAAGAUUAAGCUUUUGAUUCUCUCUGAGAGAUCAUUUUGAGGUUUUUUUAAAAUGAAAUUAAGACUGUAUUAGACAAGGGAACCAAUUUACAUUUCGCGUUAUGUUUGGUUUGAUUAUGUUUAAGCAUGAGGUCUAUGUACUCUUUUAUCCUGGCCUUCAAUUUAAUAUCAUGGAUUUUCAUUUC